AUGGCCAAUAAUUUAUAUACUAAAUCCAAUUAUUCAUUGGUUAUUUAUGAUAUAAAUAAAUCUAGUCUAGAAAAAUUUACUUCUUUACAUUCUGCAACUAUUUCUCAAAAACCAAUUUAUUAUGCUAACUCACCUGCUGAUGUUGCUAAAAGAGCAUCUGUUGUUAUUACUAUGUUACCAUCUUCACCUCAUGUAAAAGAUGUUUAUUUAGGUAAAGAUGGUUUGAUUGAAGGAUUAGAUGAACAAAAUUUCUUUAUUGAUUCUAGUACUAUUGAUCAAAGUGUUUCAAAAAAUGUUGCGAAUCAAAUAAUUGGUAACGGUGCGAGACAAGUUGAUGCACCAGUUUCUGGAGGAGUUGUCGGUGCCGAAGCGGCUACUUUAACAUUUAUGGUUGGCGCAUCAACUGAAGCCGACUUUCUAAGAUCUAAACCUUAUUUAGAAUAUAUGGGCAAGAACAUUGUACGUUGUGGAGGACUUGGUACAGGUCAAGUUGCUAAAAUUUGUAAUAAUAUGCUUUUAGCAAUUUCAAUGAUCGGUGUAUCAGAAGCAAUGAAUCUUGGUAUACAAUUAGGAAUUGAUCCUCAAUUAAUGGCAAAUAUAUUAAAUACAAGUUCUGGUAGAUGUUGGUCAAGUGAUACGUAUAAUCCAUGCCCAGGUAUUAUGCCAAAUGUACCAUCAAGUAAAGAUUACGAAGGUGGUUUUGGUAAUGCUUUGAUAGCAAAGGAUAUGAGAUUAGCUGUUAAUGCUGCUAAUGAUAUUCAAGCUACCAUUAUUUUGGGUGCUGUUGCUCAGCAAAUUUAUAAUGUUUUGUCUAAAUCUCCUGGCUAUGAAAAGAAAGAUUUUAGUUCUAUUUAUAAAUGGUUGAAUGAAAAGAAUGGAAAGAAGUAA